GCCGGUUAUUGAUUCAUGAUUAGUUUUUAAUCGAUAUUUCGGGGAAGAUGCUGGUGCGCGCUCUCGUGGCUGUGCUCGCGCUGGUGUUCGUGCGCGCUCACGCCAAACAGCGGGACUUUUACUCUUUUAAAGUGGUGAACAGCCGAGGGAAGCUGGUGUCGCUGGAGAAGUACCGAGGCUCCAUCUCGUUGGUGGUAAACGUGGCGUCCGAGUGCGGCUACACGGAGGAGCAUUACGUCGAGCUGCAGCGUCUCCAGCGUGACUUUGGCCCCGCCCACUUUAACGUGUUGGCGUUUCCGUGUAAUCAGUUUGGUCAACAGGAACCAGGAAGUGACCGUGAGAUCGAUAUCUUCGCCCGGACCACGUACGGCGCCUCCUUCCCCAUCUUCAGCAAGAUCGCCGUGAUCGGUACCGGCGCCAACAACGUGUACAAGUACCUCACGGAGUCCUCAGGGAAGGAGCCGGACUGGAACUUCUGGAAGUUCCUGGUGGACUCUGGGGGGGCGGUGGUGGGAGCCUGGGGCCCUGAGAUUUCGGUCCAAGAACUUCGACCCAAGAUUCAGGAGCUGGUUCGUAAUGUGAUCCUCAAGAAGAGGGACGAGCUGUAGACCCCAAGAAGACCCCAAGAAGACCCCAAGAAGACUCCCAAAAAGACCCCAAGAAGACCCCAAGAAGACUCCAAGAAGACCCCAAGAAGACCCCAAGAAGACCCCAAGAAGACUCCCAAGAAGACCCCAAGAAGACCCCAAGAAGACCCCAAGAA